AUGACCGUGGCACUGGUGUACGAGAAGGAGCAGCAGCUGAGGAUAAUGAUGCGCAUGCAUGGGCUCAAGGACGGGCCGUACUGGCUCGUCUCGUACCUCUACUUCCUCCUGCUCUCCCUCGCCUAUAUCUUCUUCCUUGUCGCCUUCGGGUCGCUCAUCCGUACGUUCCCCCUCUCCCCCCUCCUCCCCCCUCGUACUCACCCCGUGCACUGCAUGCCAACACUCUUCACUUCCUCCUGCUCUCCCUCGCCUAUAUCUUCUUCCUUGUCGCCUUCGGCUCGCUUAUCCCUGAAGUGCUUCACCCUGAACCCCUACGGCCUACAGCUCCUCCUCUACAUCGUGAGCGCCAACACACAGAUCGCACUCGCCAUGCUGCUCUCUACAGCCUUCGCCCACACGCGCCCCCGCCACCGCCACCACCUACCUCUACCCACAUUCAUGACUGCUCUACAGCUCUUCCCAGGCGGUCAUGCUUCAACCACGGGGUAUACGACCACAUUCAUGACUGCUCUACAGCUCUUCCCAGCAUUCAUGCUCAACAACGGGGCCUCUCAGGCACUCACCUGGGCCACCGCCGCCACCAAUGGUUACCUGACAGGUGUCGUGAUCCUGGCCGUCGAAUGGCUGGUGUUCCUGCUGCUCGCGAUCUACCUGGAUCAGGUGGUUUCGGCGGGUAGUGGGGUGAGGAAGCAUCCUCUCUUCUUCCUCCGCAGGUGCAAGAGCGGCUGCCGGAAGCUUCUUGGCUCGCUUAAGAAGGUGCUGCAAAGCUGCAGGCUUGGAGGGGACGCCCGGGUGCAUGCGGCCUUCCAGGAAGGUUCCUGGAGAAAUGAAGAAGGAAAGGAGUGGAAAGCAGGGGCGGCGGGGAGUGGGAAGGCGGAGUGGGGGGAAGGGGAGGUGGGAGGAGGUGUUGUGGGCGCGGGGCAUGGGACAGACGUGGGGGAAGAAAGGGAGGAGGCGAAAGGGU